AUGGCUGUCCUUCAAAUCUUUCUGACGACAGUGCUUUUGGCCGCUCUGCUGACGAUCGGAGGUGCCAUACGACGUUUGUUCCUUCACCCCUUGGCUCAUAUUCCUGGCCCGAAACUUGCGGCUCUCACCUGGUGGUAUGAAUUCUAUUUCGACGCCAUUCAAUCUGGCCAAUAUGUCUUCAAAAUCCAGGAGCUGCACAAACAAUACGGACCAAUCAUCCGGGUCACACCGGACGAGAUUCACAUCUCUGAUGUUGGAUUCCUCGACACCAUUUAUGCCCCUUCUUCGUCCCCGAGAGACAAGUAUGAGUACCAACUGAGGACUUUGCGGGUUCCCGGUGGCGUUGGCACUACUCCCAGUCUUGAAGUCCAUCGCAGACGACGUGAAGCCCUGUCUCCAUUCUUCAGCAAACGCAAUGUGGUCUUGCUUGAGCCGACAAUUACCGAGAAAGUCCAACAGCUUUGUCAAUCACUUUUGAAACAUGCCUCCGAACAGACGCCAGUCAAUCUUUCGGAUGUCUUCUUCGCCUUCUCUAAUGAUGUUGUCAACAACUUCUUGUUCUCUCAGAGAACAGACGUCCUUUCGGAUGAACAGAAAGCCGCCACUUUACGCCAUAACAGCUACCAGCUCAUGACUGGAAUUAAUCUCAACAAGCACUUCCCGUUCAUUCCCGACUUCCUAGAAUCUCUCCCGAAAUCCGUCAGCAGGUCUAUCAUGCCACCUGGAUUGCUUGAUAUGCUAGACCUAUUUGAUCGAGUCCGAGCCGAACUAGUAGGCAUCAUCAAAGCUAAGGCUUCUCGGGCCUCUAAUGAUUCGUCGAUUGCAAAAUCUGUAUAUUAUUCUGUGCUCGACAAUCCUAUUUUGCCCUCACCAGAGAAGGCUUUACUCCGGCUUGAGCAAGAAGGUGCACUUCUCGUUCUCGCGGGAACUGAAUCACCAGCCAAGUCCCUCAACAUGAUAUUCUACCACCUGCUGGCCAAUGCACAUAUCAUGAGCAAGCUGCGGGAAGAACUCAACACCGUCACACGGUCAGCGUCGUGGACCCAACUUGAGCGACUGCCAUAUCUCACCGCCGUCAUCGAGGAAGCUCACCGUCUCUCCUUCGGUGUCACGGCCAGAACAGCACGUAUCGCUCGAGAAACACUUAUAUACACUCCUACAUCUUAUGCAGCUCACUCUUCGAACAUCGGAAAGUCCUUCAGGAUUCCCGCCGGUACUCCCAUGAGCACAACUACCUUAAGCGCCCAUACCGCACCGACUGUUUUCCCGGACCCAUUCGCCUUCGAUCCGGAACGCUGGCUCGGUGAAGAGGGCCGCAAGCUCCAUAAAUACCAGAUGUCAUUUGGCAAAGGCAGCAGAAAGUGCCUUGGCAUCGAGCUGGCUCGUGCCGAGAUGUAUCUGGUGACUGCAGCGCUGGUUCAGGGCUUUGAUAUGAGAUUGUGGAAGACUGAGGCGAGCGAUGUGGCAUUUGUUCAUGAUUACCAUGUUUCAAUGCCGAGCCUUAAGUUCAAGGGGUUGGAGGCUACGAUAACUGCCUUGUGA